AUGUUUACAACAAGAUCAUUAGUAUCAAGACCUAUAUUAAAACCAGGUAUACUAUCAAGAAGAUCACUACGUUUUACACCAGAUUUUUCAAAAUAUAAAAAAAUAGAACAACCAGCUGGAUUUAUAGUUGAUACAGUAAAUGAAGCUUAUGUUCCUCCAGAUCCAUCUGCUUAUGAAGGUUCAAAUCAUUGGACUUAUGAAAGAGUAAUAUCCAUUGCUAUGAUACCAUUGGUUAUGACACCAUUUAUUGCAGGAGUAGAACAUCCAAUUAUAGAUGCAUCUUUUUCGACUUUAUUAUUAUUUCAUUGUCAUGCUGGUUUUAAAAGUUGUAUAAUUGAUUACAUACCAAAAAGAGUUUAUGGUGCAUGGUAUGGUUUAGCAUGUAAAGUAUUAACUUUUGGUACAUUCGUUGCUAUGUAUGGUAUCUACGUAAUGGAAACUACAAGUAAUGGAUUAUUUGAUAUAGUAAAGAGAUUAUGGGAAGUAUAA